AUGGAGUUGGAGAUGGUGAGCCAGCACGGGGCGCUGCUGAAGGUGGGGCUGUUCGUGCUGGUGCAGGCGCUGGUGUACCUCAUCCUCGCCCAGUCCUCCUCUGUCUUCUCCACCACCAAGACCCUCGGCCUCCCCCCGGCGCGCUCCCUCAGCGCCCGCCGCAUGGAUGACGAAAAACAACGUUCUCUUAAACGAAGCCUUCUGGCCUACUCAGACACCCUCGAUAGACGUGGUUUAUUUUUGGACAUUCUUAAAAUGAUCCUAAUUUUUGCAAGCGGCCGCUCCGACCCGGACCUCGCCGCCGCCGUCCGCGGUUCCGAUUUCUUCCUUACCCGUCUCCCGGAAGACAGCGGCGACUCCACCCUUAGGUGGAAGCUACAAAGCUUCCACGGCGGCUACGUCGUCCUCGUCAAAGAUGCCACCCACCAGAUCGCUGCCUACAACCCUGUCACGCAGGCGCUGCAUCUCUUACCCCGGCCGCCGGAGGAGAUCCUAUUCUCCGACUCUCUUGAGGCCCACAUUGUCUUCUCCGAAGAGGACCAGCGGGUGUUCCGUGUGGUCUGUGUCCAGCACCAGAGCACGCGCCUGCGGGCGCCGGCUUGCGUAGCCGUCUUCUCAACGGCGACAAGGGAGUGGCAGGUUUCCCCAUGGGUGGAGACCUCGCCGCCACCGCCGCCACACGACUUUAUCAAGUUUUACCCUGGCACGCAGCUGAAUGGAUUCGUUUAUUGGAAACACACGAGUCGACCCUAUGUACUUGUUCUCAACACUGUGACAGUGCAAUUCUCUAGAUUGGAUUUGCCGCCAUUCUUGGGACAGAUUAGCUCUACGCGAUUCAGACUUGGUCAGACCAAGGAUGGGAUGCUAUGUAUGGUUGCCAUAGAUCUCUCUGAUGCAGAGAGAGGAACGCUUCAUGUUUGGUUUUGGACAGCUGAUGAUGAUGGUGUUGAGAAAUGGGUUCUGGGAGAUACUUUUCUGCUCACUACAUUUGUUGAUGCCACUAAGGAUGAUCCCACAGUGCAGAUCGAGGCGGUUAUUGAUGGCUUUGUUUAUUUGUCAACUAAGUAUGACGAGCAUACUGACGAGCAUACUGAAUCUCUGCUAUCCCUCUGCCUGGAAACAGCAAAGCUAAACAAGCUCUUUGGUGAUAGUACAUAUGUAAGCCCUGCACAUCCCUACAUCAUGGCGUGGCCUCCUUCUUUGGUGUGCCACAAGAUAAGUGCUGACUUCGAUAGUUUUAGGGAAAAAGUGGAAAGAGAGUUGAUGGGAAAUGCAUUAGGGAAGUUGUCGAGAUCUUUCCUAUGGCCAAUUCUUUGCCAGUUGAAAACUAAUCUCUUUGGACUGAUCAUACUGUACUUCUUCUCACGAGAUGAGCUUUCUUACAAAUGUCUUGGUGUUAUGACCGGCCGGGCCUACAGCCGUAGGAGGCCCACCGGGCAGAUUUAA